AAUAAAAAUGUUUGAAGAUUAUGAAGAAUUGCCGGAAAUCCCUCCUCUCCCGGAAAUCGUGUCCGACGAUGAAGAAAAUCCGUGUCAUUUCAUCCGAAGAAUAAAAGAAGAUACGAAAUAUCCCCCUUUGAUAGCACCCCAAUCGUGGACUAAAACCGUUUCGGAGAAGUUCUCGCAACAGUAUUACAAACCUAGCGAAACUAUUGGGGCGGCUUUCACCCCUUCGGCCCAAAAAUUACGAAUCGCGUGUUUGCGACUCCCGAAAAAGAAGAAAUUCGAUCCGGGGAAAAACCCAGUGGGACAAGAUGGCCGCUUGUGUUAUCCCCCCGUCAAGGAGAAAUACAUCAGGGAAGAAGAAGAAAGGGUGCGACGGGAGGAAGACGAAAGGAAGAAAAUUGUCGAAGUUCCGGGGAUUGUCAAUUUGGUGGAUUUACUAAGUGGUAAGUAUCGUCAAUUGCAAAAAAAUGAAGAAAGUGUGAAGAAGAAAGAAAGGGCAAUGAAACGUAAAUUGGAGCGACGUGAAAUAGACUUCAUACCGAGUGAUCCCAAACAAUUGAAGAAACUGCAAGCUGUUCUUCCGAAAGAUCCCGACAAACAAAAGAGAAUCCUUGUGAAGUUAGCCGAGGCUGACAUGAUGGUAACCCUGGCUGAGGAUGAUGAAGAACGCUACAUUUACUAUCUCACUUCUGGGAUUAAACCAGAAGAUUUGUCACCCUACAACCGGAAAUACCUCACGGACGCCAUUAAAAAAAUCCCUGCAAAACUGAAACUUUUGAAGGAUUACCCCAGCAUGAUUGCCACCCAUAAAAAAGAAAUCCUCCAGUUUUACUACCAGUUCAUCCGAAAAAACUUACUCCACUAUAUUUUGAAGGAUCCGAAAGAGAGGAAACGGUUGAGGAUUACAAGGAUUAAACGGGAUUAUCCCAUUUUGACCAUUCGAGCGCCGGUUCCCUGGCACAAUUCCUACUGUCUUUCGCAACAACUAAUCGAAAAACAUUUCUAUAACGGCAACAUUGUAGUUUUAGAAAUCAGGGAUUUAUGGGAAUCCCACUAUGACGACAUGUUGAUAUUACCAACCGAGCGAUUGGAGGAAAUCGGGGGAUUUCCCCUCGAAUUGGCAACACUGGAACAACAAAUCGACGAUUUAUGUCACGAGUCGCGUAUGCGUCUUAUUAAAACAUGGCUGCCGUCAUGCGCCGACAUUUUCCUAAAGCACAAAUCACACUGGCGAAAAUACAUUCCAUUGAAAUCCACCGAUUCGCCCGUUUUAAUCGAACGCUUUUUCGACUGUGUAAACGGGCUUUUGUCGAUGCAGUUGCGGAGGUUGGUAAUGAAGUCAUUACGACACUUGUUAGCCCUCUUGAUCCAAUUCGAGUGCGGGAAUGACUACGGCGAGGAUUAUUAUGAUUUAGCGUUGAUUAACUUACCAAUAAUCAAAGUGACGCCGAAAAUCGAGGAGGCGGGGACGGAAAAUAUUACUUUACAGCCGCCACUCGACGAAAUACGAACUUUUCUCGAACGUUGCUUCGAUAAAGUAUUAAAAGUCGGGCGGAAAGUACCCCGAAUUGAAAAUAUAAUGUUUCCCGAGUUUGGGAAGAGAGAAACGUUUUUGUUUGCGGUGAGUCGGGAGGAAAUUCCCGUUAAAGAGAUUUAUGAGCGAGGUUUGGCUUCGUUUGAGACGAAUUUAGUUGGACCUUUGAAAUAUUUGCAAAAUUACGAACAGUAUUAUUAUAUUUUGAACGGAAGUGCUGAACGCGAGAUGCUGAAUUUUUUCGAAAUAAUUCCGUUUCCGUUUCUUAAAGAUUUCGCGAAGAAAAUUCGACAAUACGAAGAGUUGAAAAAAGAGAUUAUUUUCCUUCGCAGAUCGAUUCCGUUGAAUUUUAUUAGCUUGGAAUGUGGGGAAUUGAACGAUAUUUUGUAUAAGAUUGUCGACGAUAUCAGGAGUUACAUAGUUAAUUAUUUCAUCACCGAAAACCAUAAUCACAAUCGAAAGAUUUGUGAUAUUUUCGACGAAAUGUCACAAAAAGUGAGCGUCGGGACGGACACUGUUGCCGAAUUGGUCGCUUUGUAUAAUUACGUAAUGGAGUGUCGUGACGUCACAAUGUAUAAUUUGAGAGAACAGAUUAGGAAGACGGCUGAGAAUGUCAAUUUUUUGAUGGAUCACGCACACUUGACACCGGAAGACAUCACCCUCAACGCGCGCGUCUUCCUCUGGCCCAAAGACAUGGAAAACGUGAUUGAACUCGCCCUCCAACGCCUCAACAUGAAACGCGAACAAGCCGAAACCUUCCUCAAGAGCAAACGAGCAAUAUUCGAAUCGAAAUUAAUACGCCAUGAAAAAAUGUUGGUCGCUUUCAAGAAGAAAGAUCCCCCGAUUCUGACAAUGGAAGAAAUGGAAGAAUGCGUGACACAAGUCGAAGAUUUAGUCCAGAAACUCCGCGAAGAUAAGCAAGAAGCCGAUCAGAUCAACGAAGAAGAACAACUACUCGAUUUCGAUCCAUCUGCUUUCCUCAAUCUACAAAAAAUGCUAACAGUGAUCGAGCCCUAUGACAAAUUAUGGCAUACGGUCCUGGAGUUUCACGUGCAGUAUGAUGCGUGGUAUUACGGGCCUUUUGCCGAGUUGGAUGCCGAGGCGGUAUCCGAGUCGGUGGAAAACACCUGGAAGGUUUUGUACAAGUUGGCGAAGACGUUUCAUGAUAAUCCGGCUGCCCGGAGGAUUGCUGAAAUGGUCCGGGCGAAAGUUGAAAAAUUCCGGCAGUUUCUUCCGGUUUUGCAAACGGUUUGUAAUAAAGGACUCCAGAAACGGCAUUGGGAUGCCAUUAGUGAAUUGGUGGGGACAGAAAUUGUUAUCACACCGGACUUGACCUUGAAUGAUAUGAUCGAGGCCGGAUUGCCGAAAUUUACGGCCCAAUUGGAGGAUAUUAGUGCCUCGGCAACCAAAGAAUACGAAUUGGAGAAGAAUUUGAGGAAGAUGAAGGAAGAAUGGGCCGAUAUUAAGUUCGAACUGAUUCCCUAUCGCGAAACUGGGGUUAAUAUUUUAACAGCUGUUGAUGAAAUACAGUUGUUGAUGGAUGAUCAUUUGCUCAAAGCUCAAACGAUGAGAGGAUCGCCUUAUGUGAAGCCGUUUGAGGUUGAAAUGCAAGCCUGGGAGCAGAAAUUAAUUUCUAUGCAAGAUAUUUUAGAAGCUUGGCUUAUGUGCCAAGGCACUUGGAUGUAUUUGGAGCCAAUUUUCAGCAGCGAAGACAUAAUGCGUCAAAUGCCAACCGAAGCUCGAAAUUUCAAACAAGUCGAUAAAGUCUGGCGUGCAAUUCAGCACAACACCAGCAAACAUCCAAAAGUUUUAGCCGCUACCGAUUAUAAAAACAUGUUGACUUCAUUAAGGGACAACAACCGACUUUUGGACGACAUUCAAAAAGGUCUCAACGAUUAUCUCGAAAAGAAACGUCUUUUCUUCCCACGAUUCUUCUUCCUAUCAAACGACGAACUUUUGGAAAUACUUUCGGAAACCAAAGAUCCUUAUCGGGUCCAACCACAUUUAAAAAAAUGUUUCGAAGGAAUCAAUAUGUUGGAUUUUACCGACGAGGAAGAGAUCGUUGGAAUGCUGAGUGUGGAGCAUGAGGUUGUGCCGUUUAGUGGCAAAAUUAUACCGGCCGAGGCGAAGGUGAGCCGUUGUUUGUACCAAUAUGAUUUUUUUAUUUUUUUUUUAAAGGGAAUGGUGGAGAAAUGGUUAGUACAAGUCGAAAGUAUGAUGAUACAAUCGCUCAAAGAUAUAAUGAGUGAGUCUUUGACGGCAGCAGCCACGGCCAAUAGGAUCGAUUGGAUUCACCACUGGCCAGGACAGAUCGUCCAAUGUUGCAACUGCAUUCAAUGGACCACCGACGUCACCCAAUCCAUCAUCGAUGGUUCCCUCAACGACCAGAUCUACCUCUGCACCAAGCAGAUCGAGACCAGCGUCCGUAUGAUCCAAGGUCGUCUCCACCCCGGCACCCAAGUCACCGUCGAAGCCCUCAUCGUCAUCGACGUCCACGGCCGCGACAUCGUCAAAAAACUCCACGACCUCAAAGUGACCCAAAUCAGCGAUUUCAAUUGGAUCUCACAAUUGAGGUACUACUGGCAAGAUGCCAUAGUAACCGUCGCAAUGAUAACAACCGAAGUUUUGUACGGCUUUGAGUAUCUUGGUAACACAGGUCGUCUCGUAGCAACCCCACUUACCGACCGUUGCUAUCGCACACUCAUGGGGGCCCUCAAACUAAAUCUAGGAGGCGCUCCUGAAGGCCCAGCCGGUACUGGCAAAACAGAAACCUGUAAAGACUUAGCUAAAGCCGUUGCUAAGAAAUGCGUGGUGUUUAAUUGUUCAGAUGGGUUGGAUUAUAAGGCAUUGGGGAAGUUUUUCAAAGGGUUGGCACAAGCUGGUGCUUGGGCUUGUUUUGAUGAGUUCAAUCGGAUCGAAUUAGAGGUGCUUUCAGUCGUUGCACAGCAAAUUUUAAGCAUCCAGAUGGCCGUGGCCGCAAAACUGAAAAAGUUUGUUUUUGAAGGGACUGAAAUCACGUUGAAUCCUACGUGUACUGUUUUUAUAACCAUGAAUCCGGGGUAUGCCGGUCGACAGGAACUACCGGAUAAUUUAAAAGUGUUGUUCCGGACCGUGGCGAUGAUGGUACCGGAUUAUGCUAUGAUAGGGGAGAUUUCCUUGUAUUCCUAUGGGUUUGUCGAAGCUGGGAGUUUAGCCCAAAAAAUAGUACACACUUAUAAACUAUGUUCUGAACAAUUAUCAUCACAAAAUCACUAUGACUAUGGCAUGAGGGCCGUAAAAUCAGUCUUAUUAGCAGCAGGGGCCUUAAAACGGGCUUAUCCUAAAACAUCAGAAGCGCAAUUAGUACUCCGUGCCAUCAUUGAUGUCAAUUUACCCAAAUUUCUAGCCCAAGACGUGCCACUUUUCGAAGGGAUUUUCUCCGAUUUAUUCCCAGGAGUGGAAAUCCCGAAAUUUGAACGCCAAGAACUCAUCGAUUAUCUAAUCCAAGAGAUCAAGAAGAAAAAUCUACAACCCACUCCUUGGUUCGUUGAUAAGUGUAUGCAAAUCUACGAAAUGAUCUUGGUACGUCAUGGGUUGAUGAUUGUGGGGCGUCCCAUGGGCGGUAAAACUUGCGCGUAUCAAAGCCUUGCCGAAGGUUUAGGGGUGCUAGCGACCGAUCCAAGGGCUAAUUUACGCGAAAAUCGGGUGAUUUACCGGAUUAUCAACCCUAAAGCCAUUACCAUGGGUCAAUUGUACGGCCAAUUUGACCCAGCAUCGCACGAAUGGUCCGAUGGCGUUUUGGCGAAUACGUUUCGCGAAUUUGCGAAUAGUCCGACCAAAGACCGGAAAUGGAUACUUUUUGAUGGUCCAGUCGACGCCGUCUGGAUCGAAAACAUGAACACGGUACUUGACGAUAACAAAAAAUUGUGUUUGAUGUCGGGGGAAAUCAUCCAAAUGUCGAUUCAAAUGAAUUUGAUUUUUGAACCAGCUGAUUUGGAACAAGCCUCACCAGCGACUGUCUCACGCUGUGGGAUGAUCUACAUGGAACCGUACUUGUUGGGUUGGCGACCAUUGAUGGAUUCGUAUUUGGCAACACUGGAAAAGUCGCUUCUACCAGAACAAUUGGAGAUUUUGAUUGAUUUGAUCGAAUGGUUGGUACCAGCGUGUUUCGAUCAUAUUAAACACAAAUGUCGGACAUUUGUUGAAACCUCUGAAACGCAUUUGUUUCACAGUUUCACACGAUUGUUUACUUGUAUGUUGGCUGGGGAACAACAAGUGAGUACUGUGUGGCUCCAGUGUGUUUUUCUCUUCUCUCUAGUGUGGGGUUUGGGGUCGACUUUGACCCUCGAGGGUCAACAAAGCUUCGAUGUUUUCCUACGAAAAGUUUUGAACGGCGAUUCGAAACAUUAUCCAAAACCCAAGUCGUACAAAUUGAGUAAAGCACAGAUUUUCCCCGAAAGAGCUGUUGUUUUUGAAUGGAUUUAUGAUAAACGCAACAAUGGGACUUGGAUAAGUUGGUUGGAUACUGUGGAUAAAGUACAGCAAAUUCCAGCAAACGCCAAACCCUCCGAAUUGAUAAUACAAACAAAUCAGUCAUGUUGUCAACGAUUUUUCCUCAAGUUGUACCAAGCCAACAAGAUUCCGGUACUUUUUGUUGGUCCCACUGGUACUGGUAAAACUGCAGUAGUACUAGAUCAUCUAGUCGGCCUCUCCAAAGACAAGUUUCUACCCAACGUUGUUAAUUUUAGUGCUAGAACCACAUCCAUGAUGACCCAAGAAAUGGUAAUGUCAAAACUUGACAAGCGCCGUCGUGGUGUUUAUGGUCCAUCCAUGGGCAAAACAUGUAUCCUGUUUGUGGACGACGUCGGAAUGCCCCAGAAAGAAUGCUGGGGGGCUCAACCCCCCGUUGAACUCCUCCGUCAAUGGUUGGAUCAUGGUCAUUGGUUCGAUAAGGACACCACAGUGUUGCAAUUGGUCGAUAUUAAUUUUAUAGGGGCUAUGGGACCCCCCGGUGGGGGGCGAAACGAAGUCACUGAUCGGUUUUUGCGUCAUAUGCAAAUCAUCGCAAUUGAUUCGUUUGAUGACAACACACUUUCGAAAAUUUUCACGACGAUUUUAGAUUGGCAUUUUUCGAAAGGGUACGAGGAGGCUGUGACAAGACUCCAUAAAUGGUGUGUGGGGGCCACUAUGGAUGUUUACAAACAGGCGAUUUUACAAUUUCUACCAACUCCUGCCAAAAGUCACUAUACGUUUUCGUUGCGGGAUUUUUCUCGUGUUAUUAAUGGUGUCAUGUUGGUACCACCGAACCGGAUGCAAGAACCGGAAAAGUUCAUCCGGUUGUGGAUCCACGAGUGUUAUCGAGUCUUCCAUGAUAGACUUAUCGACGAAAAUGACCGGAUUUUGUUAUUCGACAUUGUCAAAAAUUCCUGUUAUCAGAAUUUCCGCCAACAUAUGGACAAAGUCUGCGAGAUUUUAGUACCAGAAGGUGAAACUCUCAAUCCGAGUCACAUACGUAAUUUAUUCUACGGUAAUUAUAUUGAGCCGGAUGCUGAACCGAAAUUCUACGACGAAAUCCUCAAUUUGGAGGACUUAACCGACAAAAUGAACUAUUAUUUGAGCGAAUAUAAUCUUAUAUCAAAAUCGCCGAUGAAUUUGGUGAUGUUUAAAUUCGCCAUUGAGCAUGUUUCGCGCGUGUCACGUGUGUUGAAUCAGCCCAAUGGGAACGUCCUAUUGGUGGGAAUGGGCGGGUCUGGUCGUCAUAGCUCCGCCCGGCUUGCGGCGGCCAUAGCCGAACAGAACACGUACGAAAUCGAAAUCACCCGAACCUAUGGCAUUUACGAAUGGCGCGAAGAUUUGAAAAAAUUGCUUUUGAAAGCCGGUUGUGAUGGAAAACCGAUCGUUUUUAUUUUCGGCGAUACACAAAUCGCUGAUGAAAUGUUCAUUGAGGAUGUUAAUACAGUUUUGAACACUGCUGAUGUUCCCAAUUUGUAUGCGCCGGACGAAAAAGCCGAAAUUUUAGAACGGAUGCAAAAUGCGGCUCGAGAGUCGGGCAAAAAAAUCGAUUUGACUCCUUUGGCACUUUAUAAUUUUUUUAUUGAGAGAGUUAAGCAUAAUUUGCAUGUGGCGCUGUGUAUGAGUCCCAUUGGGGAUUCAUUUCGAGUGAGAUGUCGAAUGUUUCCGUCUCUUAUUAAUUGUUGUACAAUUGAUUGGUUUCAAAAAUGGCCCGAGGAUGCGUUAGAACGUGUUGCUUACAUGUUUUUGAGUCAGACUGAUUUAGAUUCGGAUACAGUGGAUGUGUGUGUUGGGAUUUGUCAACAUUUUCACACUACUGUGAGUAAAUCGUCGGAUUUGUUCUACAGAGAGCAGAAAAGACGUACUUACGUUACUCCAACUUCGUAUCUCGAAUUGAUUCAAACUUUUAAAAGUUUUUAUUAUUUGAAAGUUGGGCAGAUUACGACGCAAAAAAAUCGAUAUGAGACGGGAUUGGAUAAGCUGGAUUUUGCAGCAGGACAGGUGGGUUUGAUGCAAGACGAGUUGCACGAUUUGCAACCGAAACUGAUUGUGGCGUCUGCCGUGACGGAAAAACUGAUGAUCAAAAUCGAGCAAGACACCGUAAUCGUCGAGAAAAAAAAGGAAAUCGUUGGUGCUGACGAAGCCUUAGCUAACGAAGCUGCAGCUGCGGCUCAAGCCAUCAAAGACGAUUGCGAAUCCGACUUAUCUGAAGCAAUUCCGGCCCUGGAAGCGGCCAUAAAGGCCCUCAACACACUUACACCCAACGACAUCACACUUGUAAAGUCAAUGAAAAACCCCCCAUCCGGAGUGAAGCUAGUUUUGGAGGCCGUCUGUGUGAUGAAACAGAUCAAACCGGACCGGAAACCGGACUUAACCACCGGAAGAAUGGUCGAGGAUUAUUGGGGGCCGUCGGUGAAGCUUCUCGGAGAUAUGAAAUUCCUUGAAAGUUUGAAGACUUACGACAAGGAUAACAUCCCGACGAGUGUGAUGAAGAAAAUCCGGGAUCGGUAUAUGCCGGAUCGGGAGUUUAAUCCGGAACGAAUUAAAACAGUCUCGACUGCUUGUGAAGGGUUAUGUAAAUGGGUGAGGGCCAUGGAGGUUUACGAUAGAGUGAUUAAGAUCGUGGCUCCGAAGAAAGCGGCUUUGGCCGAGGCGGAAGCCGAGUUGGCUGCUCAAAUGGAUACUCUAAAUGAGAAAAGAGCACAACUUCAGGAAGUUACAGAUAAGUUGCAAGCAUUAAAUGAUGAGUUUGCAGCUGAAACGAAGAAGAAGAAAGAGUUGGAAGAUCAGAUUGAGAUUUGUUCGCAGAAAUUGGAUCGCGCUGAAAAGUUGAUCGGAGGAUUGGGUGGGGAAAAGAGUCGAUGGUCGCAGACGGCCAAGGAUUUGGAAGGGUUGUUGGGGAAUGUCAUAGGGGAUGUGAUCUUAUCGGCGGGGGCGGUGGCCUAUUUGGGGGCAUUUACGGUGGAUUUCAGAAACGAAUUAAUCCGCGACUGGAACGAAUUCUGCCUUCACUUGGGGAUUCCCUGUUCGGAGAACUUCUCCCUCGUCGCCACAAUGGGCGACCCCCUCGACAUCCGCACCUGGAACAUCGCCGGCCUCCCCGUCGACAACUACAGCAUCGAGAACGGAAUCAUUGCGACCAAAGCCCGUCGAUGGCCUCUCAUGAUCGACCCUCAAGGCCAAGCCAACAAAUGGGUGAAAAACUUCGAAAAACAAAACAAACUCCAAGUAAUCAAACUCACCGAUGCGAAUUAUGUCCGAGUUUUAGAACAUGCCAUCACUUUUGGUACUCCCGUAAUCCUCGAAAACGUAAUGGAGGAGAUUGAUGCAGCUUUAGAUCCGAUUCUAGUAAAGAACAUCUUCAAACAGCAAGGGAUUUGGUACUUGAAACUCGGGGAUAAUCUCCUAGAGUACUCGAUGGAUUUUCGGUUUUAUAUCACGACGAGGUUGAGGAAUCCGCAUUAUUUGCCCGAAAUUGCGGUCAAAGUGACUUUAGUGAAUUUCAUGUUGACGAGUCAAGGGUUACAAGACCAGUUAUUAGGGAUUGUGGUCGCAAGGGAACGACCCGAGUUGGAAGAGAAGAAGAAUUCCAUGAUUGUGGAGAGUGCUAAUAACAAGAAGAUGUUGAAGGAGAUUGAGGAUAAGAUUCUAGAGGUCCUUUCAACCAGCGAAGGGAAUAUUCUAGAGGAUGAAACUGCGAUUAAGAUACUUUCCUCGAGUAAAGUACUAUCAGAGGAGAUUCAAGAGAAGCAAAAAUUGGCUCAAGUGACGGAAAAAGAAAUCGAUAAUGCCAGAAACUUGUACGUACCAGUUUCCAAACACUCAUCAGUAUUAUUUUUCUGCAUCUCCGACUUGGCAAACAUCGAUCCCAUGUAUCAGUAUUCUAUGACUUGGUUCAUCAAUUUAUACAACCAAUCGAUCACUAAUAGUGAAAAAUCACCAGCUUUGGAGCUCAGACUCGGUUAUUUGAACGAUCAUUUCACUAACAGCAUCUACAGGAACGUCUGUCGAUCACUAUUCGAGAAGGACAAGUUGAUUUUUUCCCUAGUCUUAACCGUGGGGAUUUUACGCUCAAAACACCUAAUCGAUGAAGAAGUUUGGAAUUUUUUACUGACUGGUGGUGUUUCCCUCGAGAAUCCGUUUGAAAAUCCCGCCCCGGAGUGGCUUUCGGAAAAAUCAUGGUCAGAAAUCGUCCGUGCAAGUCAUUUGAAAGGCCUCGAGGAGUUCAAGGAUCAUUUCGAGGCCGAUUUGGACGCAUGGAAGGCGUUUUACGAUGUGACCAAUCCGAACGAAGUUCCUUGUCCCCCUCCCUUUCACACACUACGUGGCUUAACCCGAUUGGUCGCUUUGCGUUGUCUCCGCCCCGAUAAGAUCGUCCCUGCUGUACAAUCGUACAUUGUCGAGGAGAUGGGUCCGCGUUAUUUAGAACCGCCCCAAUUUAACCUUGAAGAGUCAUACAAUGACAGUCAUGCUUGUUCGCCAUUGGUGUUUGUUUUGAGUCCUGGAUCGGAUCCCAUGGCUGGAUUGGUCCGAUUUGCGGCUGAUAAAGGGAUACAGAAGACUGAUCUAAUGACGAUUUCGUUGGGUCAAGGUCAAGGCCCCAUCGCGGCUAAUAUGAUUACUAAAGGAUUGGAAACGGGUCAAUGGGUGGUUUUGCAAAAUUGUCAUUUAGCGGCGAGUUGGAUGAGGGAGUUGGACCGGAUUUGCGAUGAGGUGAUUGUACCGGAAGCGGCGAAUCCGGAUUUUAGAUUGUGGUUGACGAGUUAUCCGAGUAAGGCGUUUCCGGUGGCCAUUUUGCAGAAUGGGGUUAAAAUGACAAAUGAGGCUCCCAAAGGCUUAAGACAGAAUCUGUUAAGGUCGUAUAUGUCGGAUCCGAUUUCGGAUCCCACUUUUUAUGAUUCGGUGGAGAAUUGGAGAAGUUUUCAAGUUAUGUUGUUUUCGUUGUGUUUCUUUCAUGGGAUUGUGCAAGAAAGGCGCAAAUUUGGACCGUUGGGAUGGAAUAUUCCGUAUGAGUUUAAUGAAUCCGAUUUGACGAUUUGUGUGUUGCAAUUGCAGAUGUUUUUGACGGAUUACAAAGACGUUCCGUUUGACGCAUUGACGUAUCUCGCUGGAGAAUGUAAUUAUGGCGGUCGAGUGACCGACGACAAGGACAGAAGAUUGUUGAACUCUCUCUUAUCCAUAUUUUACACACCGGAGGUUAUAACUAAACCAUUAUAUGCAUUUUCGCCAAGUGGCCUUUACUACGUACCUGUAGACACUUCCUACGAAGGUUGUUUGAGUUACAUCAAGACGCUUCCGAUUAUGCCACAACCGGAAGUGUUUGGUUUGCACGAAAACGCCGACAUUACGAAAGAUAAUCAAGAGACUCACACUUUAUUAAAUGGUGUUUUACUCACGCAGACGCAUAUAACAGCAGGGGGUGCUGAUGACGAAUCACAAGACGUUCUCAUUGACUUGGCCAAUGAUAUUUUGGGCAAAAUGCCCGCUUUAUACGACAUCGAAGUAGUCAGUAAUAAAUAUCCAGUCAUGUAUAGUAAUUCAAUGAAUACAGUUUUAAGACAGGAACUAAUCCGGUUUAACCGAUUGGUGGAAGUGGUUAAACGCACACUCAGCUUUAUGAUAAAAGCCGUCAAGGGUUUGGUGGUAAUGUCAGGCGAAUUAGAAGAAGUUUGUAAUUCGUUGAAAGUGGGUAAAGUACCGACAGCGUGGGCCAAUAAGAGUUACCCAAGUCUUAAACCGUUGGGUUCUUAUGUUUUGGAUUUGAUUCAAAGAUUGAAAUUUUUCCAAGAUUGGAUCGAUCAAGGACCACCUGAUGUUUUCUGGUUGUCGGGAUUUUAUUUCACGCAGAGUUUUCUCACGGGGGUUUUACAGAAUUUUUCGCGCAAGCGGAAAUUACCGAUCGAUUGGAUUCAUUUCGAGUUUUAUGUCACCAAGUUUGAAAAAGAAGCUCAAACUGUGCCGGAAAUUGGGGUCCAUUGCAAGGGUUUGUUCCUCGAAGGGGCUCGAUGGGACCGAAAGUUGCAAAAAUUAAAUGAAUCUUUUCCGAAAAUUCUAUUCGACGUUGUACCAAUUAUUUGGUUAAAACCGAACGUAAAAGAAGACUAUAAACCGGUCCCGUGUUAUAACUGCCCGGUUUAUAAGACAUCAGCACGGCGAGGAGUCUUAUCAACGACAGGACAUUCGACAAAUUUCGUCAUGUACAUGACUUUUGAUUCAGAUAAGCCGGAAAGGCAUUGGAUUAAUCGAGGAGUGGCCGCAUUAUGUCAGCUAGAUGAUUAA